AUGGAAGUGGAGAGACCCAAAAUCAGGAAUCUCCUGAAAUCCUUUGCAAGGAAGCGCAGAAGAGCUGCUGACCAAGAAUCUGAAGUCGCACUCGAGAUCGACACAAGUGCAUAUGAAGGAACACCUGUCAUAUGGUCUCGGCGGCGGUUCAAGAAGUGCCACCUCUAUCCAACAAUAAGACAGGAGAAGAGACGAAAUCCCCGGCCGCCAACACAAGACAAACUUCAACAAGCUAAAGAUAAGGCCUCUGGAUUCCGGAAAUUUACGCAUGGGAAGGUAAUUCUCAGAGACACGACGAAUGGAGGCGAGGUUAUAGCUGUCAUCGAAUUCACACCUCUAGACAAGCUCUCACCGGAGGAGAAGAACGAGAUCAACUUUGUGACGACUUACCUCCACCAGAUGAAACAGUUUGUCCAUCCAAUCGGCCCUUCACGAACAUGGGGAGGUAAGAUGUGGGGAAUCGGCUGGCGCAAAUCGAUGACCAGUUUGGAACUUUUCGGCCAGUACGUGCACGGGGCAGCAAUAAAGCGAGCUCCAAAGAAAUAUCGCGAAUUGGUCAGCAAGUCCCGGGAGGUAGCUAACAUCUUAGGGAAAAUGUUCAAGGAUCUUGGAGGCGUAGCAUUUGACUCGAACCAACAAAUCAUGCACAAAAAUAGCAUCCCGUCAUAUGGCUCAACAGAAUUCGGCAAACCCCUUGAAGCAUACAAUUGUGCUCCACAUAUCACAUUCACAACAAACGGUUUCUUCAACCCUCCGCAUAUUGAUUCAGGAGAUGCUUCCCAAUGGGCAUUUGCCAUAUUUGUCCCAACGCAUGUCAAAGACGGGAGCCUUGCAAGUUCUAAGGAUGGCUACGACGUGAAUGGCGGACUCUUUGCCUUCCCUGACUAUGACUGUUGCAUUGACUUUGAGCAACAAGGCCUUGUCAAACUAAUUUGGGCAGCAAACCGGGUCAAGCACUGCACUCUUCCAGCCAACGAAUCACCAAAAUUUACGAGAAUGGGAAUGUCGAUGCAAAUCCCAACCAAGACAGCUACAACUUGCAGCGCAAUAAGAUCGGGGCUCAUUUACUUGCGGAAAUCUUACAGAAGUACGAUGAACACGUAUAUUGGAGGUCAUCGCGUCAUCAUGAACAGGUUGAAAUUGUGA